AUGGAAUCCCUUUAUUUGGACAAAGACCGGCACAUCAAAUACUGGAAAAGAUGUGCUCAACUUCUGCCCGAGCCGUACACGGCUGGGGAGUCGAGCCGCAUGAGUUUCGGCUUCUUCAUCGUCGCCGCUCUAGAUCUACUCGGGUGUCUCGAGACUGUCAUCACCCUAGCAGAGAGGCACAGCUGGAUCGAAUGGAUCUAUGCUUGCCAAGUACCUCAUACUGGCGGCUUUAGAGGUUUCACAGGUACGGCACUGGCAGGGCUGCGAAGUCCUCACAACUGGCACUGGGAUCCAGCGAAUUUACCGAACACCUACUUUGCUCUGGCUACAUUAUUAAUAUUAGGGGAUGACUUGGCAAGGGUAAGGCGACAAGAGUGCCUGGCAUGGGUGAAACAAUUGCAACAGCCGGAUGGGAGUUUUGGUGAGCUUCUAGGCGAAGGUAAUCAGAUUCAGGGUGGAAGUGAUCCCAGACUUUGCAUGUGUGCUGUAGGCACGAUCAGGAUAUUGAUGGGAAAGGAAGGGCAGGGAUGCUCAAGCGGAAUUGACCAGCUCAAGCUACAGCAGUUCCUCGCAAACUGCCAGAGUCAGGAGGGAGGGAUUGCUCAAGCACCACUACUUGAAGCACACUCCGGCCUCAACUACUGUGCAAUAGCGACGCUCUCCUUCCUCAGCCAGAUCCACAACGAGAAACCGUCGAUCCGAGAACUCACGGCCCACACGGGAUUAGACAUUGCUAGCUGUGCUCGUUGGAUGUUGGAAAGGCAGACAACAUGGAUCGAGGACGAGGACGAGGACGAGGAAGAGGACGACGAGGGACAGAACGCGACAGAUGCGCCAAUCGCCAAAGACCAGCCGCUAGACGAACAUUCUUCGAGGGACACCGACUUGCAAGAGCUUGAUGCAAUUGCUGGGUUCUGUGGGAGGAGCGGGAAGAUCGCCGACACAUGUUAUUGCUUCUGGAAUGUGGGAGCUCUAACGAUUCUCGAGAAAGAGCACCUAGUUGAACUCGAUGCAUUAAGGAGGUAUUUGUUACAAAAGGUGGCACAUAUCAUCGGUGGAUUCGGUAAAGGGCCGGGGGCUCUUCCAGACUUACUACAUUCGUAUCUUGGACUCGCCGUGCUGGCGGUAUACAAGGAGCCUGGCUUAAAGGAGCUUGAUGCAACAUUUUGCUUCAGCUUGGACGCGGUCCAGAAUUUGAAGCGAGUGGCGUGGGCACGUUAA